AUGGAACGACGAUUUGGUGGCGUUUGGAUGGUUGCCGUUUUUGAUAUUGACUUUGAUGCUGCUUAUACAAUUGUUCGCCGUUCCCCAAGUUAUAUGUUAUUUGGUGUUAAUGAUAGAGCAAUUUUAAUUGCUAGGGAAGGAAAUGGAAGGAAAAAUAAAAACAAUCCUUUACUUUAA